AGCGUGUAUAUAACUAUGAAGAUUAAAAACAAGACGGAACGCACUAGAAGAUCAACCAGCAUUCAAAAUCUUGGUCAUAUGUACAUUGGUCUUGUGAUUUUAACAGCUGAGAAAGCAAAAAUGGUGGACCGUGCGAAUAUCAAAGAAAUAAUACCUGCUCUACCCGAUGAAAAGAUUGACAUGCUGGCAGCUACGAGCAUUCUUCAGCAACAAGCUGCUGACAUUAGAAAUCAAAGAAUCAAUUGGCAAUCAUAUUUUCAAUCUCAAAUGAUAUCAAAAGAAGAUUAUGACUUCAUAGUAGCUUUUGAUACAAGUGAUACUAAUACUCGUGAAACAAAAUUGAAAGAAAAUCCACAUCAGGCUGCUAAAACUUUUCUUAACUUACUUGGUCAUGUUUCAAAAGACCAGACUAUACAAUAUAUUCUUACAAUGAUUGAUGAUAUGCUUCAGGAAGAUCGUAGCCGUGUAGAAAUUUUUAGGGAACAUUCAAGUCGCAAACGUGAAUCAGUAUGGGGUCCUUUCUUAAACUUAUUGAAUAGACAAGAUGGAUUCAUAAUGAAUAUGACUUCUCGAAUUAUUGCUAAACUUGCUUGUUGGAGUCAUGAUUUGAUGGAGAAAACUGAUCUACAAUUCUACUUAACAUGGCUUAAAGAUCAGUUAAAACUUAGUUUUGAGGCUCUUCAGGACACAAACUUGCAUGUGGGAAUAGAACAAAACAUCGUUAUGGACGAGGAUGCAAAUGAGCUACGUGAACUACAAAAUCCGAAUAACGACUACAUUCAGUCUGUGGCACGUUGUUUACAAAUGAUGCUUCGCAUUGACGAAUAUCGUUUCGCGUUUGUAUCAGUUGACGGAAUUUCUACUUUAUUGGCCGUUUUGACAGGCAGGGUAAACUUCCAAGUGCAAUAUCAACUUAUAUUUUGCAUAUGGGUACUUACUUUCAAUCCAUUACUAGCAGAAAAAAUGAAUAAAUUUAACGUUAUACCUAUUUUAGCAGAUAUAUUAAGUGAUUCUGUUAAAGAAAAAGUAACACGUAUUAUUUUAGCAGUAUUUAGGAAUCUUAUUGAAAAAGUGGAGGAUGGGCAAGUUGCUAAGGAACACUGCAUUGCUAUGGUACAAUGUAAAGUAUUAAAACAACUUUCGAUUUUUGGACAACGUAAAUGUGAUGACGAAGAUAUUACUGACGAUAUUGAAUUUUUGAACGAUAAAUUGCAAGCAUCUGUUCAAGAUUUGAGUUCCUUUGAUGAAUAUUCGACUGAAGUAAAAUCAGGACGCCUUGAAUGGUCUCCUGUUCAUAAAUCUGGUAAAUUUUGGCGGGAAAAUGCUAAUCGGCUCAACGAAAAGAAUUACGAACUGCUACGUAUCUUGGUACAUUUGUUGGAAACUAGUAAGGAUCCUUUGGUUCUCAGCGUUGCUAGCUUCGACAUAGGAGAAUACGUGAGACAUUAUCCACGCGGCAAACAUAUAAUUGAACAACUUGGAGGCAAACAACGAGUGAUGCAGCUUUUAGCACAUGAAGAUCCAAAUGUAAGAUAUGAAGCCCUUCUUGCAGUUCAAAAACUUAUGGUCCAUAAUUGGGAAUAUUUAGGAAAACAACUUGAGAAAGAACAAACUGGAACAUCAAGUACUUCUGGGAACAAACCCAGCACACAAGUCCCAGCAAAAGCUUAAAUGAACGCGCAAAGUUUUAUAAUCGUUAAUUUUGCUUGAAAUUUAUACAUUUUUUCUUGAACAGUUUACUUUCAUUGUCUGUAAAAAUAUCUAUAAAAACACGUUUCUGAUAUUAAAGUUAUAUUAUAAAAAUUA